AUGGGCAAACCAGAAUUUAACAGUCCACGUGGCGGUGGUCGUGGCGGCGGCCGAGGUGGUGGCUUUAGGGGUGGUCGUGGCGGGGGCGGCGGCCGCGGCGGCUUCGGAGGAGGCGGCGGAAAGUUCGAGAAAAGGGGCGGGGGCGGAGGCCGGGGUUUCGGUGGAAGAGGCGGAGGCCGUGGUCGCGGUGGACCCAGCAAACGUGGUGGUGGCGGUUUCAAAGGAGGGAAACAAGUUAUAAUUGAACCACAUAGACAUCCUGGAGUUUUUAUUGCAAGAGGCAAAGAGGACGCUCUGGUCACAAAGAAUUUGGUUCCUGGCUCUGAGGUUUAUGGAGAGAAAAGGAUAUCAGUAGAGACUGAGGGUGAAAAAGUGGAAUACAGAGUCUGGAAUCCAUUCAGGUCAAAAUUGGCAGCCGCUAUCAUGGGCGGUGUUGAUGCAAUACACAUGCCUCCCGGCUCCAGGGUUCUAUAUCUUGGUGCUGCCAGUGGAACAACUGUUAGCCAUGUCUCAGACAUUGUUGGACCUGAAGGUCUCGUGUAUGCGGUGGAGUUCUCUCACAGAUCCGGCCGUGACUUAAUUAAUGUUGCAAAAAAGAGGACAAACAUUAUUCCUAUAAUAGAAGAUGCACGGCAUCCAUUAAAAUACAGAAUGUUAGUGGGCAUGGUUGACACAAUCUUUGCGGAUGUAGCGCAGCCCGAUCAAGCCAGAAUAGUCAGUUUGAAUGCACAGCACUUCUUGAAAAAUGGUGGACAUUUUGUUAUAUCAAUCAAGGCGUCGUGCAUAGAUUCAACGGCGCAACCGGAAGCUGUCUUCUCAGCGGAGGUGAAGAAGUUGCAAGCGGACAAACUAAAACCUCAGGAACAGUUGACGUUGGAACCAUACGAAAGGGACCACGCCGUGGUCGUCGGAAUGUUCAGACCCCCACCUAAGAAAGCG